GCAUCGAUGGACGAUGGGAUGCUAGCGUGGGUGAUGGAACUGUUAGAUUACAAAUAGUAACAAAGCCGAUUAUGCCAGUCGACGGAGGUGUAUGAGUAGAUGAGGGUUACAAUUCGCCAUUCUGAAGUGCUCUGUCGUCAUGAAGCAGAGCGAACCGCUCAAUGAGCCCAGUAUAUAUACCUACACGUCCGUAAAUCAAGGAUACUAUUUAACCGCCACCUCAUUCGACGUCCCUCCUAGCAUUCUUCUGGCCACAAACACCCUCGAGCGUCUUCGCGGCACAAAUUGACCGUAUCCACACAUAAUACAUCCGUCUCAGCCAUGGCCGAUAAGCUGUACAUUGCGGAGACCCCGGAGGAUGUCAAGACUGCUAAGGGCCUCCACCUCAUCACACAAAAUACCCCCAAUGGACAGGCCGUGCAGAUCUUGCUGGAAGAGCUGGCCGAAGCGUACGGAACUUCGUGGACCACGACCCUGAUUGAUAUCUCCACCAACGAGCAGAAGAAGGAGUGGUUCCUGCGACUGAACCCCAACGGCCGCAUCCCGGUCCUGAUUGACAACAACCAGAACCCGCCCUUCACAGUCCACGAGACGUCUGCCGAGCUCUUGUACCUUGUCCAGGCCGCCGACAAAGACGAGAAGUUCGGCUUCAAAGACGACCUCGAACGCAGCGAAGCACUGCAGUGGACCUUCUUCUGGCAUGGAUCCGGUGCUCCGUACCAGGGCCAGACGAACCAUUUUACCAAGGUGGCCCCAGAGAAGAUCGAGUACGCCAUCAACCGCUUCCGGAACGAGACGCUGAGGGUGUACGGCGUGCUCGAGAUCCGGCUCUCCGGCCAGUUCACCGGCGAGCCGAGAGAGUAUCUGGCCGGCAAGGGCAAGGGAAAGUACUCCGUGGCAGACAUCAAGACGUGGCCGUGGAUUAAGGGGUGGGAGCGCAGCGGCAUAACCCGGGAGGAAAUCGAAGCCUUCCCGCAUCUCCUCAAGUGGAUUGAUCGCAUCGCGCAACGCCCAGCUGUCCAGAAGGGAAUCGGCGCCAAAUAUAUCAAGUCUUAGGCUAAUACCUACUUAUUGCAUGUAUGUACACAUAUAUAAUGGUCGGUAGUGGUAAUACCAUCAACUAGGUAGCUACCGUCUUACCCGACCCCUGAGUCGUAUUGCCCUCAGAGGUAAUCAUGAGAACCGCGAUGGUACAUAGGGCCAUCUCACCUCGUUCCCGGGUGCUCGUCAUGCGAGGGUAAAACGUGGCGGCUCUCUUGACGUAGGUGUAGCAUCUCGGAUCUUCAGCCGGCUAGCGGUAGAUAGAAUCCAUAGCGCGCAACAGCGGCAACAGCGGUAACGCUAUUGGCGGAUAAAAACGUCCCGUCCGCGUUAUUAGG